AAUGUGGUGUUAGUAUAAUGUGUUGGAAUCUCGACGUGUGUUCGGUCUGACAUUUGACGUGAACAUUUUUAAUUUUUCACUCCGUGCUACUUAACACGUUUGCGCUUACAUUUAGUUUUUAUACGGAACUAAUAAAUUAAAUAUCAAAGAAAAUUCAUGUGGAUGCUGAUGAGCUAUCUGUCAAUUUUCUAUAAAAUAGCUCCAGUCGAGUUGAUGAUGUCAAGAUGAGAGAGUGAGUAUAUUUAUUGGGUAAAUAGUGCAGUCCGAGUGAUAACAGACAGCCAGACGAUCGACAAGUGUGAACAACACCAACAUCAGGAUGUCCAAGUCAGGGUGUCCUGGAGCUGGGCUCUACGUCGUCGAGGGUGAGGUCUCUCUGUUAAUGACCGCGAUGCGACGUGGUGUAAGAUGGUCAUCUCAUUCACAUCAGCUAUGGGACAUAAUUUUCCAGGACGAAGACCAGGAUGUCCUGAUGAAAGGUUUGACAACCUUAAAAGAAGCCUUGAGCGACUCAAAAAGUCUGUCUCAACUGGAACCAGGGGUGUUCUUGGCGCCAUUUUUAGAAAUAAUCCGUUCAGAAGAAACAACGGGUCCAGUAACAAGUCUCGCGUUAGCCGCUGUGAAUAAAAUAAUAUCUUACGGAUUGAUAGAUAACGACCACCCGGCAAUAAGUUCUUGCGUGGAAGCAGUUUCCGACGCAGUAACGCACGCGCGUUUUGUCGGAACAGACGCUUCAUCAGAUGGCGUUGUUUUAAUGCGAAUCCUCCAGGUGUUACGAGCGUUAGUACUAGCCCCUAUUGGCGACCACCUUUCUGACGAGAGUAUCUGCGAAAUAAUGUUGAGUUGCUUCAGAAUUUGCUUUGAAACCCGGCUCAGCGAGCUCUUGCGGCGUACUGCCGAACACUGUCUCCGUGAUAUGGUCCACCAUCUUUUCGUCCGACUACCUCAAUUCGCAGAUGACACUCGCGUCCUUCCGAAUAUGAAAAAAAUGCGAGCUAACGGCAUUGAAAACACUAGACCCAAGCGGAAAAUCAGUAAGAAUCUUAAGCAGAAAGUAAAACCCGCGAAUGAUGAUCUGGAUGAUACUGAUACUAAGGAUUUGCUCAGUCCCGUGGAACGUAUUCGCGGAAAUCAUUUAGCAACGACGCCUAUCACUCCUGCGGGUAAUAUUGUAGAUAUGCAGGGAUCGCUAGAUCAAGGAACGCCGGAUAAAAUUGAAGAGGAGAAGGAUAAGCUUAAGGAUAGUAAUUCUGAAGGUAAGUUAGUUGAUAAGGACCAAGAAGGUAACCCAAUUGCUAAAGACCAAGAAGGUAACUCAAUUGUUAAGGACCAAGAAGGUAACCCAGUUGCUAAAGACCAAGAAGGUAACCCAGUUGCUAAAGACCAAGAAGGUAACCCAGUUGCUAAUGAUCAAGAAGGUAACCCAGUUGCUAAUGAUCAAGGAGAUAAGACAGUUGAAAAGGAUCAAGAAGGUAAAACAGUUAAUGAUAAUGAAAAAGAUAAGCCUAUUCAAGAAAAUGGCGAUAAAAGUGAAGAAGAUAAGAUUGGUGAAAGUGUAAAGUCUAAUGAAGAUACCAAAAACGAAGAAAAAUCUAAAGAAACUAUCCCCGAAAGUCCGGAAUUAGCUCAAUCCCCGCUAGGUAGCGUAGAAGACUUGUCUGUCGAUGAAAAGCUGCCCAAAAUAGUCGUGGAUGAAGUCCAGGAAUACGUUAACCAACAAGGAGUACGUUUUACCCCUUUGCAACAAUUGACUCCCUAUGGCGCGUUGUGUAUCCGCGAAUUGUUCCGAUUUCUAGUUACGCUUUGCAACCCAUCCGACAAACAGAACACGGAAACUAUGACCCAUGUGGGUCUUAGUCUUUUGCAAGUGGCGUUAGAAAUCUCAGCGGAUGCGUUAGCGAACUUCCCUUCGCUGUUAACAGUAGUUAAAGACGAGUUAUCGAGGAAUUUAAUCGUGCUUUUGAGCACUGAGAGACUUUCAAUCUUAGCGGCUGAUUUGCAAGUUGCGUUUUUGGUGUUUGAAUCCCAGAGGGAGCAUUUAAAGUUCCAGUUAGAACACUAUCUGCUGAAACUUAUGGAGAUUAUUGAUUCCGAAAGCAGUAGGAUCAGUUACGAACAGCGAGAGCUAGCGUUGGAAGCUAUAACUAGGUUAUGGAGGAUUCCUGGAUUGCCUGCGGAAAUGUAUAUUAACUACGAUUGCGGGCUUUAUUCGUCGAAUUUGUACGAAGAACUGAUGAAGUUACUGUCGAAAAAUGCGUCGGCUUUAAUGGGGAAUAUGCACAGUAUUCAGUUUGUUGCAUUAGACGCGAUAAUUAUGCUAAUAGCUGGGAUAGAAGCUCGGUGCAAAGGUUACAAAGAUCUUUACAAGCCAGCUAGGCACGACCCUAGUCCUGUUUUACCGACAGUCGAAGAUCUAAAGCUCGCCAAGACUAACAAGCGCUGGCUAGCUCACGGUACCGAGAAAUUCAACGAACAUCCGCGAACUGGAAUCGCAAAGCUUGCCGAACACGGUCUUCUAGGCCUGGGGGAGCCCGAUCCAGAGCGAAUUGCAAAACUGCUGAGAGAGAAUCCGAUGUUGGACAAAUUAGCAAUUGCGGAGUACAUUAGUCGGAAGGAAAACACGAAUAUUUUAAAUGCGUUUGUCAAAAGCUUGGAUUUAAGGAACAUGCGCGUCGACCAGGCGUUGAGGUUCUACUUGGAGUCCUUUAGACUCCCGGGAGAGGCGCCACUGAUCAGUCACUUGCUAGAGAAGUUUGCGGAACACUGGCAUGAUAGCAAUGGGCGGCCAUUUGCUUCAGCAGAUGCUGCUUUUACCUUAGCUUACGCGGUGAUUAUGUUGAACGUCGAUCAGCAUAAUCGCGUCGCUACUAAGCAGAACAAUCCGAUGACUGUCGAGCAGUUUAAAAAGAAUGUAAAGAACUGCAACGGUGGGAACGCCGAUUUCGAUCAAGAUAUGCUGGAGGAGAUUUACAAUUCUAUAAAAAGCGACGAAAUUGUAAUGCCAGCGGAACAAACCGGAUUAGUGAAGGAAAACUACCUUUGGAAGGUUCUUCUAAGAAGAGGCGAGAGUCCUGAAAGCGCUUACAUCAAAGUAGGCAACGAAGGAAGCUUCGUGGAUAAGGAACUGGCUGAGAGGGCUUGGGCACCGAUAAUAAGCGCCCUCUGUCGCGCUUACGACAAAGCUCCAGACAGAACAUUGCAGCGACGAGUCGCCCAGACUUUCUUGUGGUGCGCUGGGAUUAGCGCUCACUACAACAUGACCAGUGAUUUAGACACCCUGAUAGUCUCUUUGUGCAAGUUCACUGGAUUAGCGACAGGUGGUGAGCCUGACCAAGUGAUUCUCCACUUUGGAGGAAGCGGACGUUGCCAAUUAGCUGCAAGAACGCUGUUCAAGAUAACGCACCUGCAUGGCGACGGAUUGAGAGCUUCUUGGAAGAACAUUAUCGACUGUAUGCAGACUCUUUACAAAGCCAGGUUGUUGCCAAAGAACAUGACCGACGGAGAAGAUUUCUUGGACCCUUUAGGGAAAGUUUCAUUGCUAAGAGAACCAACGACUCCCAAAGCGCCCCCAGCUGGCCAAGGAAUUCUAUCAAGCUUGUAUUCCUACAUCGCAUUGGACAGCCGCGUUCCACAUCCUGCGGAAGCUACGGCAAAGAAACGCGCCGCUGAUUGCAUCGCCAACUGCUACCUCAAGCAGAUCCUAGAAGAGUCCAAGUUCUUGCAAGAAAGUUCUUUAAGACCUUUAGUGGGUGCUUUAGUUUCCGUGAAUUCCCAUGAUGAAGACAUCGCUGUUUUUCUGUUGGAACUUCUUCUAGAAGUGACCAUCCAGAACCGCGACCGGGUGAUGUGUAUCUGGCCGAUAGUCCUCGCACAUAUGGAUGGCUUGCUGACCACAGCAGCUCGUGAGAACCACCCUUACCUCCUAGAACGCGUCGCCGUAGGAAUGCUAAGACUAGCAAUUCGUCUUCUUCGAGGUGAAGAAUUCGCAGUUACAGUUCUACCUCCGCUGAUGCCACUUACCCACUUACCCUCAGCAACAACAGCUCCCCUAGCCCGGCAAAUCGCUUACGGACUCUUUGAACUGCUAAAAACUGGCGCUGCUAACAUCCACAGCAGCGAGGAUUGGAAGGUCGUCUUCAGUUUGCUGGAGUGUUCCGGUGCUGGUGCGUUAUCUCCCAAACACACUUCAGAAGAUACCACUCAAAGGUCCGUCCUGGACCAAAGGCCCAUAAGUCCUGUACCUGAGUGGGUUCUAGUGUCUCCAACUGGAACCGAAGCUCCUCUACCCGUUGCCGCGGAUUCAAUUGUCCUAGACCGGGAUUUCCUGACCCACGACCCGGUUUCUUUGAUAAAGUCUUGCGAGAGCUUGACAUUCCUAGUCCGGGACGUCGCUCACGUUACCCCGUUCAACUUUGAGCUCUGCAUCCAGUGCAUCCGCACCUUUGUCGAAGCUGUCCUCCAGGUUCCAAGCAAACGCGUUAAAUUGAACCCCUUGGCUCUUGAAAACGAAACCUACCACGCGGCUCCUAUCCAGCUUCUAGAACUGAUGCACACCUUGCACGCAAGAACCGCUCAAGUGUUCCGCUGGUGGGCGGAAGAAAGUGGAACUACUGAAGUAGUGAGCUUGUGGCCUACCGCCUGGCGCCCACUUUUGCAAGGAAUAGCGAGACUUUGCUGCGAUUCUAGAAGAGGAGUUCGCGCUGCGGCGAUCACUUACCUCCAGAGCACUCUGUUGGCGGCGGACCUGAACCAGCUGACGGCCAUUGAAUGGUCCCAGUGCUUGGAACAGGUUCUGUUCCCGCUAUUGGCGCAAUUGUUGGGCCCCAUUGCUGCCCAUGAUCCAAUUGGCGUUGAAGAAACAAGAGUCAGAGCCGCCAUGUUGCUGUCCAAAGUCUUCCUGCAUCACUUGACGCCAUUGUUGACUCUCCCCGGGUUCUUACCCUUGUGGCUCACGGUUCUUGACUUGCUCAGGUCGUAUAUGCAUGUGGAUCACAGUGAGUUGCUAUUUGAAGCCAUUCCUGAGUCCUUGAAAAAUAUGUUGCUGGUGAUGUCUUCUACGGGAGUGUUGACGCCCACUUCUAACCUUUGGGAGCCUACUUGGAGGACUAUUAAUGGAUUUCUGCCGAAUUUGAAGGAAGAACUGUUCCCGGAACCGCAGGUUGAGUCAGAGGAAGCUAAAGGCUCGGAAGUGAUUAGUUUAGUGGAACAGGAACAGCCGAGCUUCAGGAUUGAGGGGUCCAUUGCUGUGCAACCGGAUAGUCAGGAUGGUAAUGAUGUUCCGGUGGGAAUUCCCCUUGUGGUGCCAUCUCUGGGGGAAAAUGAUGUUAACAAGUCGCCGAAUAGAAAUUCGGUACUCUUGUCCGCGGAGUAUUAUAGAGCAGUAGGACAGGAUUUUGGAAUUCCGAGUUUGGGAGUUGAGGCCAAGGAACAACAACAGGUUAUUAAUCUGCUUAAUCAGCCACCGCCAAGUGUCGCUAGUCCUGUGGCUAUUCAGCCUAUUUCGCAGUCCUUUGAGUUUUACCUACCGAGGGUGGAUGGUAAAGCAGAGAGUGCGUUGGAGGAACAGACGGAAGAGGGCAGAGUUGAACAGCAGGAUUUGGAGGGGUCUUUUAGUCCUACUCAUCAACUUACGGCAAACAAACCACCUCAAUUGGUCAACACAACAAUGUUCAACUCCGCAGCGUAUUUCAGUGAAGAUCCAGCCGCAGAUCGGCUUUUUGUCGUCACUAAUCCUUGACGACUGUACAUUUUCGAUAUUUAUACUAAAGUAAUAAUAGUAAUAAUAUUGUAUUAUAUUAAAUUGAUUUAUUAUUGUUGUUUUUAUUAUUACUAUUUAUUAUUAUUAUUAUUAAUAUUAUUAAUGUCAAUUCCAAAUCCUCGCUACCUUAAAAGUGUCUAAAACAAUCAAAGGUGUGUUUUUAAAAAUUGUAAUAAAUAAUUAAAUCAAUUGUAGCAUUAA